GUCCGCUCCGCUCAGCAAUAUCGAAAACUCAUGAGCGGUCACCAGUGUCUUUCGAAUCAAUGGCUUGGUGACUCAACAAGGCUAUCGAACAGUCUGCGCAUAUCAGAAGUCGUAAUCCACCUCUCGUUGAGGCGCUGUAUGAGGACUGGCCGCACGCGUCCCAUUAUGGCAGGCGCACCCGUCCACACCGUUAAAUUCGUGGGACAUGAUGCCGCCGGACUGCCGGUGAAGAGGAAGCAGGUCAAUCAAGCUUGCCUCCCUUGCAGGAAGCGGAAGAAACGAUGCCACCACGUUCCCCCAAACGCCCCCACAGCGCCAGCCGACAAGGCGUCCGAUCAAGUGGACGUCAGGGCUGAGGACGGGCCCUCCCGCAGCAUCCGCCCGCGAGGUGAAACCAGCAUUCACGACAGAGAUACUUCUGAUGCCGCUGCUCAGUUGCUCCGCUUCUUCCAUCACGCCUCGGACAAAGCUUCGGCCGGCAGCCCCGACCAGGACCCGAGACAGCAGCAACCUCGGCAGACAUCUCCGGUACCGCCAUUCCUCGGCGAUCUGAAUCCUGAGGGCAUCCUUUGCGAGGCCACAUUGGCGCCGGCUCCGACGCCCAAGACCCCCCAAACUGAUGAGCAGCCUGACCAUCAGAUCCUAGGCUUCUUACCCCCAGCAUCGCCCCAGAACUCGAGGCCACCCGCUGCCGAGAACCAAGGCCCAGUUAGCCUGGGGAGCCCAAAGCUUAUGGAGGAGGUACCGGGCCCGUUCUUCUCUGUUCCUCGAGAGGACGGCACGCGGUGCACGAUCCACGUACAAGACACCGCUAAGUUUGCCGCCCUGGCUCAAACCCUUGUCAGUCGCGGACUGGCAGACAAGGUGAUGCCGUCUGAGACCGAGUGGCGAGCCCUGAGGGACAUAUACCUGGCCAAGAUCCACCCCAUCUUCCCCAUCCUCGACGAGUCGACCCUCGUGGACCUACCAGAGGACACCGGUCUGCGUGAACUCACUCAAGCCUGUGUAUGCCUUGCCGCGGCCACGGACCCGGACGCUCGCAGCGCCUUGACAUUCAAGACACAUAUGGGAGGGUCGUCUCAGCUACGGACUGCCGUGUCCUUCGACGAGUACUCCCGCGAGAUGGCCACUUUCAUCAACAGGCGUCUCGCCGAGUUGCAAGAGGCACACCGGAUUCCUCUCACUCAACAGAUCCAGAUCAUGGCCGUGACCUGUCUCUACUGGCAACCAGCAGAUCCUGCCGACAGGUUCAAGCCGCAAUCUCUUUUCUACGAACUUGUUGCCAUCGUCCACACACAUGGCAUCCAUCUGGACGUGCUGCAGAGAGCAUGCGCGAACGACUCACACAAUACGGGAGGAAGCGCUGCCCGGUUGUUCAAAUGUCUUUACGCUCUCGACCGAUUGAAUGGUGCAAUGUCCGCGAGGCCACUCAUGUUUCACAACUACGACGUGAUACAGGUCCCUCAUCCAGAAGCCCACGACACGCCCAUAUUCAAGCUCUUUUUGGCUUUGAUCGCUCUGCUGGACCAAGUUAUCGAGCUAUACCGCCCGCGGCCCAAGGUGAGCUACGUUGAGAUUCCGGUCUUCGAGCGCAUGGCUAUUGAAGCUGGAGCGCAAUGUGAACCAGAAAGCCUCCUUGCGACUCUUGAGGUCCUCUACCAUGCCAUUUGCGUCCUUUCUGUCAGGAUGCCCCGAUACCGCUUUCGCACGGCACCGGAGUGCGAUACACUGCCCGGGCCCCGUACUCAGCAUCUCCCACCUAGCAGUGUCAACGCGCGGAGGUCCCAUUCGGCAGACCGCAUCCUGGAUAUUAUCCAGAGCUACCCUCUUUGCCCCAUGCCUUUCGUUCCAUACGCGCUGGCGCUUUCGCUCGGUGUGGCCUACCGCAAGUGGCGCUUCAGCCGACUGCCCAUGUUCCGGACACGGGGAGGCGCUGACUUCAAGAAGGUGCUCCCGGCUCUGCAAGAGAUGGGAUCGAUAUGGAGCACUGCCCGCAUCAACGGGCAGCUUGGUCAGGCAGUGAUGCUGAAGCUGGAUCGGAAUGAGGUUCUGAACAGGAAACAUCCGAAGAAAACGACUGAGGCCGCAACAAGCAAACCAGGACAGGCCACAGCUUCUCGUCAUGAUGAUGGCGGCGCCGAUUUCACGCGGCGUGAAGGAUCAACGAACAACAUUGCGAACCAGGAUCAUGCCCAACCUUCAGCUGAAGCAAACCUACCCCGGGCGACAUCGCCGACAAUCAUCGACAGGACUACGACGCCGCCCGAUGCGCCAUCUAGUCCCCGCAUUCUCCCUAGUUCAAUCCUAGAGAAUGAGCUUCAGCAUAACGAUAGCACCAACUCACAGAACCCACCGCCCAGCCUCCGCGGGUCGCUCCCUUCCCCAGCAACUUCAUCGUUGACGGAACGACUCCAGCAUCCCACUCUUACCUGGGCGGGUACGCUUGGCACAGAUAGCAACAACACCAUACCCAUCAACAAUAACCACGCUCCAUUCGGACCAGACCCCGGGCCCAACAACUGUAAUCCGAGACUCAAUUCAACAAAUCAGCAAUCCUCGACCACAGUGAGGCAUGAAUAUUGCGCCCAGGCGGACGACGCCAUCCCCCUGCCUUGCGACCUAGUGUCUCAGCCAAAUCCGCCCAGCAGGGUUCCGCUUCUCGGAGGUUUCUCGGAAAGCAACCUUGAUGACUUUCUAGUUAAUGACGACGAUGCGCUGUUCAGGGCAUGGGAUCCCAGGUUCGCUCAGUCGGUUGAUUUCUCGUUCAGCAGCAUUUUGGAUCCGGGGAACCCGUUUGCUUGGCCGGAGUAUUGCAACUACACCGCGUGAGCUGUCUUACGCUAUGGAAGGUGUCUGUCGGAAUUAGAGUCUACCCCACGUCUCCUUCCUCCAUGAAGUGUUUGUGGGUAAACAAUACAUGUCCACUGAGGUUUCACUAGUCACCAAUCCUCAAACAAUGUGUGGCACGGUCCCGAAAUAUGAUACCAUAUAUGCAGUUGUGCUCUGACCUGCGCCGCAGACUAAAACGCAAACUCCCAAAGUACCAUACCAAGAUUGCAGUUCGAAGCCGCUUAUAGGUACCCCGUC